CUCGCGCGUAUGCGUGUACGUAUAUACAACGAGAGUGUAUCUCGAGAAAUUAUCCCGUCGUUUGUUCCCACGUGGCCGUGAUCGCGUAUGCGACUAUUUACCUAAAAAUACCCGGAUAGGUGUAACAGCGUGUCAGUGCAUCGCAAACGUCCUGAGAAUGGAUUUUUCGCGGUAUCGAAAAGCCUUGAUCUACGUUCUGACUUUCUUAGCGUACGCCUGGUCGGGUUACGGAGCUGGCCUGUUAUCGAAUUUAAAGGACGCUGUAUUAGCGGCGGAGUCGGUGUUCGAGGAUUUGUUCGAAAAUGCGAUUACGGUGGCUAGAAAAAUCAAGGACAUACACGAGGUGUUCGACGCAGCCGUAGAAGAAAACUGCAUCUUUCAAUGUCCUGGAGGAAUCACACCGAAACCGGAUUGGAAUCACAAACCGCAGAGUAACGGAUGCGGUUCGCUGGGAAUCGAAAUAAACCAAGAGUAUUUACCGCUGGCCGAAAUGACAAAAUGCUGCGAUUCGCAUGACAUCUGCUACGACACUUGCAAUUCGGACAAAGAGAAGUGCGAUUUGGAGUUCAAGAGAUGCCUGUACAAAUACUGCGAAGGUUAUCAGUCGUCCGCCAUCAUCAACACUUGCAAAACCGCCGCGAAGAUGCUGUUUACAGGCACCACGGCUUUGGGAUGCAAAAGCUACAUGGAUGCACAGAAAGAAGCUUGCUACUGCGGCGAUAAAUGGAACAAGAACAAGAAACCGAAGAGAGCGGCCCAGGCAGGCGGAGACUUGUAAAAAAUUUCUUCCAUGUACAUUUCAUGUUGCGUUAUAUUUUAUAUUCGAAAUAGAAAAUAAAAGUCCAACCUAAUUUUCCCGCGCAA